AUGGGGAAUUACUCUGAAGAAAUAUUAGAUAAAAUGAGAAUGUCUAUGGACAAAGUUGGACUUGGUGACUCCACUUAUUUGCCAAAGACUUUGCUUACAAACUCCCCAAAUUUAUGUUUGGAGACUUCACUAAAAGAAGCCGAAGAUGUUAUGUUUGGAUCAUUGGAUAUACUGUUUGAAAAGACAAAAAUUGAUCCAAAAGAUGUUGGUAUACUGAUUGUUAAUUGUUCUGUUUUUGAUCCAGUUCCAUCCCUGUCUUGUAUGAUAGUGAAUCAUUAUAAAAUGAAUGAGAAUGUUUUAAGCUAUAAUCUUGGUGGAAUGGGUUGCACUGCUGGAUUAUUGGCCGUCCGUCUUGCAAAUCAAUUGCUUCAGUUGCAGAAAAAAUUGGGAUUUAGUGAUUUAGCUAUGGAAGCUUCGAAAAUUUCAUUGAGAAGAUUUGGGAAUACUUCUAGUAGCUCAAUUUGGUACAUAUUGGCUUAUGCAGAGACUAAGGGAAGAAUAAAGAAAGGUGAUAAAAUAUGGCAAAUGGCUUUCGGGUCGGGUUUUAAAUGUAGCAGUGUGAUUUGGCGUACAAUAAGGAACGUCGAUACGAAUGACAUGAAAAAUCCAUGGAAAGAAGAGAGUGAUGCUCUAAUUGAUCUCGAUUUGGACAUCAAUGCGCCAGCCCAUGACUAUUUCCAACCACCUAAAUCAACCUAA